UAAAGACUGGUAGUUCACUCCGCGGGAGAGGACGCGAAGGGGAAGGUAAAGAGGGGCACAUCUCUUUUUAUUCACAAGAGUGGUGUGUUCAGUGCAUCUGGUCGCUCGACUCGACGGUCGGUCGCUGGGAAGCCUUACAGAAGUGGAGUCGCGGCGGAAAGCGUAGCAGCACCACCACGUCCGACCCCGUCGUCGCUCCAGACCGAAAUUCCGUUUCCGCCCUGCAUUGAGUUCAAACUAUGGCCACUGCGAUGGGACGAAGGGCACAUUUAGGCAUGUCAAUUGUGUGUGGCAGUUGCAAGCAGAGAUUUCACUCUGUGAUCGACCUUCAAAGGCAUAGGUCUUUCUCCCUGUGCACAGAAGCAGAGAGAUAUGGAUGUCCGCACUGCAUUCUGGACUUUGAGGUGCGUGAGGUUUUGCGAGACCACAUGAAAACGCACGAGGUGCCCAUGCAGAUCCCCCAGCCCAUCAGGCAGCUCCCUUCGCCUGUCGAUAAACCGGCAGCUGCAGCUAAUCAGGAAAAACAGCCCUCGCCAACAAAGCCUGCUGCAGCAAAGAAAAUUGGCUUUACUAAAAUCCGCUUUGAGGACUGCAAGAGGUGCGACGAGUGCUCUUGUAUUUACCUUUACGAAAAGGACUACGAGAAACACAUGCGCAACUUCCACAGGAGAAAAGAACUUCGAAAGAGCAAAAAGUUGAAAAAGGGGUGUCGAUCUUGUUGCAACCAAUGCAACUGCAAGGAUGAUCAUACAGCACCAGUCACCGUUGAGACCGAAAGAGGGAACAAGAACCUCUUUCACUUCAAUAUCAAAGACCGCUGGAGCAAAGUGGUUUCAAAAAGCAUUAUGGAUGUUUGCAAUGAGCCACAGCUUGACGAGGAAAUGAUUGUCGUCAAGGAAGAGCCUCAAGGCGAAAUUGACCUGACCCAUCUUCUCAGCCAGGUUGAGGUCAAAAUUAAAACCGAAGUGGAAGACUUCUUUGAGCAAAACCUCCUACCAGUGCCUUUGUCACAAAUCAAGACUGAACCCUUUGAGCUGUAAAGAAUUUUUAUGUUUCAAAAUCAAAUUCUCAAUUUCAGUCUUGGUAAACAAACAACAUUCGCAAUUAUUUAAAUUUUCCAUUCGAGCGUGUGAGACUUGUCAAAUUCAUGCGUGUAAAACUUGUUGUUUUAUCCUUGGAACAGCGUGUGAAUUCAUUUGUGCCAUAGUACACAGAUACAUAAUUAUUUGAUUGUGUUUGCUCUUGAUUUGUGUAAUAAGAUAAUGAAGUGUCACGAAUAUUAGUUUUUUCAAUGGAGAGCUUAAACUUAAUUUAGCAUCGCAUGAUUGCCAUUUUCAAUGGACAAGUACUUAAUUUUACUAUAAAAAACUAGUUUUCUCUUUCUCCAUAGUUGGAACACUAGUCAUCAAGUGCAGAACAUUAAAAGAAAAGUUGCUCUCUAUAUAUUAAGUAGUGAAUGAGCGAGAUUGCUGAUUUUAAUUUAUUGACAAGUGGCCGAGUGAAAAAAAUCUGCCAAUUCAGAGAGGUUGUGGUAAAUAUACUGUUACUUUCUCAUCUCUCUUACCAAAAACUGUGUUCACCUGAUUAAAAUUUGUUUAAAACCAAUCUUGGUAAUUUA